AUGGAGAAGAGCCUCUUGUCAUCAGAGCUUAUCAGCUUCAUCAUCCUUGAAGCGAUCAUCUCUUUUUACUUCAGAUUCGUUAAGCUCUCCAAGAGAUUAUUUUUCUCUUUCCGGUCUUCCAAGGCUAUAAAAGGUCAGCUCAGAGCUGAAGAAGCGAGAGCAGAGGAUGAGAUGGUCAUCAUGAGGGAAGAAGUGGAGCUUGUCUUGAAUAGGAUGGGGAUGAAAAUGAAUGGAAACGAGGAUGCUGAUCAGAAGCUUAAGGAGUUUUUGGGAAUGGAGGAAGUUGAAGCCAUGUUUGAUGAGAAAGAGCCAAGCUUGGAGGAGGUGAAGGAGGCUUUUGCUGUGUUUGAUGAGAACGGUGAUGGGUUUGUUGAUGCAGGGGAGCUUCAAAGAGUUCUAUGGAAGCUUGGUUUGGAGAGAGUUGGAUUGGAUUCAUGCGUGGUGAUGAUUGGGGAGCAUGAUGUGAAUGGUGAUGGGAAGAUAGAUUUUGGGGAGUUUGUUAAGUUUAUGGAGAGCAGCUUCUGCAGAUGAUUAUUUUUCUUGUAAUUUUCAAAAUUGUUUCUUUUGUUUUUGUUUCAAGUUGUUCAUAUAAAUACACACGAGAAUUUAGAAUAGAAAUUGUGUUCAGAGAAACGAGGAAGGAAAUCCGGCUUUUAAGUAAUUUUGUAUUGAUUUUUGAGUUGGGUAUCGUAGAGUGAUGUUAUCUCUGAGUUUGCUUCUAAUAA